GCUUCCUUGAUAGAACAAGUCGCCACAGGCAGUCCACAGUCCACACACGAGAGCGCACGGCACCACACUCCUUCCUCGCCACAUUCGGUACGUACGGCAAUCGGCAGCUAACCUAGCUAAGCUAGGAGGCAUGCAGGGCGGCGGUGGCUGCGGGAUAGGGGAGACGGCGGCGGCGGCGGCGGUGCCGGCCAAGAACCACAGUGGCGGUGUUGGUGAGGGCGCCGGCGUGGAGGUGGAGGAGGGGCCUCGUUUCCGGCGGGUGUGCGUGUUCUGUGGGAGCAGCUCCGGGAAGCGCAGCAGCUACCGCGACGCCGCCGUCGAGCUCGGCAAGGAGCUGGUUGCUCGCGGGAUGGAUCUGGUGUACGGCGGGGGCAGCCUGGGGCUCAUGGGGGAGGUCUCCGAGUCCGUCCACAAGGCCGGCGGCCACGUCAUCGGCGUCAUACCUACCACUCUCAUGGGCAAGGAGAUCACCGGGGAGACGGUGGGGGAGGUGGUGGCGGUGUCGGGGAUGCACGAGCGGAAGGCGGCCAUGGCGCGCAACGCCGACGCCUUCAUCGCGCUGCCCGGCGGCUACGGCACCCUGGACGAGCUGCUCGAGGUCAUCACCUGGGCGCAGCUCGGCAUCCACACCAAGCCAGUGGGGCUGCUGAACGUGGAUGGGUACUACGACUUCCUGCUGGCCUUCAUCGACAAGGCGGUGGACGACGGCUUCAUCCGACCAUCCCAGCGCCACAUCUUCGUCAGCGCGCCCAACGCCAGGGACCUCGUCCACAAGCUCGAGGAGUACGUGGCGGUGGAGGAGGAGGACCCGGCGACGCCCAAGCUGCGGUGGGAGAUCGAGCAGGUCGGCUACAACGCCACGCUCCACGCAGGGAUCGCCCGCUGAUGGAUCGACGCUUGCUCCCACUACUACUGUACGGGACCAAUUGGUUACUGGCCCACUCCGCUAGUGGUUAAUUAAUUAAUUUACUAGUACCAUCACACGUACUACGCCAUGCAUUCAUGGAUGUAGUACGGAUGGAGGAACGGAUAUUCCACUUUGGUGUGCAUGCAUGCAUGCAUUCGCGCGUGUUAAGCUUCCAGCACGUUCCAGUUUGUGCCUGCUAAUUACUAGUAGUCCUGUUGGCUGAUCAGUUGACUCCUGUUGACUCACGUACGGAAGUGUGUAGUACUGUUGUAUCUAUUUUGAUGAUGUGUAGCUGGCUGGAACAGUGGUGUGUAUGGUUUCCCGCUUCAUAAUUAACUAUCAUUAAUUAUAUUU